AUGGUUGUGUUCUUUUUCGAAUCUAUGGAUGAUCCAUUUUCCAUCAGUGCUGAAACCCGCAGACCAAUGUCCGUGUGGCGACCUAUUCCACGUCCCGGAUUUAAGAUUUUAGGUGACUGCAUAACUGAAGGUUUGGAGCCGCCUAGGUUGGGGAUAAUUUUUAAGGCUGACAGUGGUGACCUCUGUGCAAACCCUGUUCAGUUCACUAAAGUCGCUCAUAUUAUAAUCAAAGGUGUGGAUGAGGCCAUUUUUUGGUACCCAAUUGCACCUCCAGGUUAUGCUUCUAUGGGCUGUGUAGUUACUCGUGUAGAUAAAAUGCCAAAAUUGAAUAUCCUUUGCUGUCCAAGGAACGAUCUUGUUACCCAAGCUAAUAUUCAUGAGAAUCCAAUAUCCAAAUAUCAAAGUUCAAAAGUAAACCAAAGCUGGAGUAUCUGGAAAGUUGAUAAUCAGGCCAACACUUUCCUUGCACGGUCCGACAUGAAGCAGCCUUCAAGCCGCCUGGCGUUUACUAUUGGUGAUUCUGUGAAACCAAAGACACGAGACAACAUAAUGGCAGAAAUAAAAUUGAAAUGCUUCUCUCUAACCAUUUUAGACAGUCUGUGUGGAAUGAUAACACCUUUUUUUGAUGUUACUGUCACCAACAUUAAGCUUGCGACACGAAUGAGCAAGCAGGAAAAAAAGCUCGGAUUGCAGCUACAAGUGUCCUUAAUACUGAGAGAACUAGAACAAAAGGAAAUCAAGUUAAAUGAGACAGUAACCAUAGAGAACAGACUUGGAUGUGACAUUUACUUGAAGAAGUUUGAUCAAAGUUCUAAUGCAGUUAGCCUGCUGCACUAUGAUGAUAGUGCUUCUGUGUGGAUUCCACCUUCAAGAUACUCGGAUCGAUUAAAUGCGGUUGAGGAUUCAAGGGAGGGACGAUGUUAUGUUGCAGUCCAGAUAAUCGAAGCCAAGGAUCUACCAACUGUUGAUGAUGGAAAUAAUAAUACCUUCUUCUGUGGAUUUCGGCUUGUUGUUGAUACUCAAGAGGGAAGUCAACAGAGGCUGUUCCCUCAGAGUGCAAGGACUAGAUGCCUAAUCAUCGAUUACAAUGAUAUGAAAAGAAUCCCUUUCCUUGAUCAAUUGGUAAAUUUAUUUGGCAAUAUCAUGAAUGAAUUCAAUGAGGUCUGUCAUUGGGCAGCAUAUUAUGAACAUAGGAUGCGCCUUGGACAGAAAGCCAUAUUUCACAUUGAAGAAGUGGCUUGUGUUAUUCUACCACCUAAAGUCUUCAAAAUCUUGGAGAAACCUGUUCAUGAGUUCCAUGGACAUGGUGGAGAAAUCUUGUCCCUUUCAUGGUCUAGAAAAGGGGCGAUGGAUGAAAUUAAAAACUCAGAAAUACAAAAAUUCUACAUUCAGGGGCAUGAAAAGAAGCCUGCUGCAGGGCUAGAUAGCAAUCUCCAUGAAGAAGCUGACUUAGUUGCUGAACAUGGAAAACCGGACCAGGGUCCUGAUUUCCGUGAUGCAAAGGAAGGACAACAUUUCAGAAGUAUGGGUCCACAUGAUUCACCAUGGUUGGCACCAGAUAGUGUUAAAAAUUACCCUGAUUCUUCAUAUUAUGGUCCCAAAAGGCAACAGGUUCUGACAUCUCUAGCAACCUCCUUCCAUGCCCUGAAGCCUCUCAAAGUUCCUGCAUCAGUGGACACCAUUGCCAUCUGCCCUGCUUUAGCCGGAUACAACCAUUACAACUACAAAGAACACCCUACAGCCCCAGUUGACCCCAUCACCAUCUUCACGAGUUUUCUUCACCUCCGGUUAACCAUCUUGCCACCUCAAACCACCCUUAUACCACCUGCCAUCUCCACCACUAACCACCGAGAACACCGGCCACAGAGCCCUGCCUUUGCUGAGAACCGUCCCAUCUCCUACAUAUUUCCGAUCCACCACCCUUAUUCCACCUAG